CUGCAGUAUGGGGGAGAGCAAGACAUGUACCAUGUGAUGCAACUGGUGGACAAUGAGCUGAGCGAGCCCUACUCCAUAUUCACAUACAGGUACUUCCUGCACAACUGGCCCAAGCUGUGCUGGCUGGCCUUUGACGGCGCGCACUGCUUCGGAGUGGUGGUCUGCAAAGCGGACGACCAUCGAGGAGCCCAGCGAGGCUACAUCGCCAUGCUGGUUGUUGAGCACGAGUACAGGGGACUGGGCGUGGGCACAACAUUGGUGAAGCGGGCCAUUGAGGAGAUGAUUGCGGCGGAUGCGGAUGAGGUGGUAUUAGAGGCCGAGGUCACCAACAGUGGAGCCCUGGCGCUCUACAGGAACCUGGGCUUCCUCCGAGACAAGCGCCUGAUCAGGUACUACAUGAAUGGCGCGGAUGCCUUUCGGUUGAAGCUGCUGCUUCCGCUCCCACCACGCAGGCAGUUAGAGCACAAUGCUGUCGCGCAAAUGGCAGCUCUUAGGACGGCCUGA